AUGUUCAUUAAACCAGAAAUAGAUUUCACCAACAAAAAUGGUGCUAACGUGUCCUCCCCGAACCUGGAUUCAGCUAAUACUAGAGGAGAAUAUGAUCAAAUUAUGUCCGGAAGCAAUGAUGACGAGGAAACAGUCAAUAUCCCACCUAAUUGGACGACACGAACGGGCAAGCAUGAUACCGAACAAACCGGUAAUCAGAAUAAAAGGUAUGCCUGCGGUUAUUGUGGGUUGGUUGUAUGCGAUACUAUGGAGGAAAUUAAACAGCACAUGAUCGAAGAACUUGGGAAUAUUGGCCAAACAAGGUUUGCAUACAGUUGCAUAGCGAAUGGCGACGCCGACGAAGAAGCCGUCGUCCAGAUUGACUCCAGCAUUCAACCAUCAACAUCCUCCAGUACAGCGGCCAUCGAACAAUCUUCCUAUCGCAGCUCAUCGUCAUGCGAAGAUGAACCACACAAAAACAACCCACCAAACCUAAAAGGUACACGACGAACACGGGCGAAGAAAGUUAAACCGGAACAGAGCGCUCCUAGUGAGGUAGAAAGUGAACAGGAAGAGGACUUUUUACAAACCGUCACACUGAAAUCACUGACGGAAAAGUUCCAGUACGAAAAACCCCACAAAUGUUCACGCAAAGGUUGCCAGUACAAGUUCGCAUCGUUCGAUAUCCGCGACCAACAUUUGCGCUGUCAUGCGGAAAGUGAUUCCAUACCGGAAACUUCCGACGGGGGUAUCAAAGCUGGCAUGCCACGGAAACGUUUUAGCUUUAAAUGCAGUCAAUGUGAUGGUAAGUUCGAUUCCUGGAAACCAUGCCUGAUGCACGUGUGGCGCGAACAUCAGAUUGAUCUUGGAAUGCUACGGUGUCCGGUGUGUGAGAAGCGCUUUGUCUACACUGUCCACGUGUUUAAACAUCUGCAAACGCACCGCCUGAACCAAACGCUCGAUGUUUCCUGUCGGGUGUGUGGUAAGAAGUUUGUCAACACGUCACAACGUUCGGUACACGAGGCGUUACAUCGAAAAAAGGACGCCCCCGAGGAUGAAGAAGAGCUGGAGGUGAAGGAAAAGCUACGCUGGUACGCGGAACGACGAUGCAACAUCUGCAAGCACAUGUUUUCCAACUCGAAGAUACUUUCCAAACACAUCAAAACGGUACACUUGAAAAUAAAACCCUUCGUGUGCAACGUGUGUGGUUACAAAUGUGCUCGGAAGGCAACACUAAACAUUCACAUCCGACAACAUUCGGGAUUGAAGCCGCUAACCUGUAAAAGCUGCACCUUCCGGACGGCGGAUCCGAGCGCUCUCAGCUACCACGAACGGCGCCAUCGCAACAAAAAGGCAUACCAGUGCAAAACAUGUGGCAUUAGGCUUGUACAACCGAGUGCCCUGCGCAGCCACAUACAAUCGCAACACCCACAAGAAUACCAACAGAUGAAAUGCACACUAUGCGAUUACGCAUCGAUCAAUGCACAGAAUCUUAAGCGCCACCAAGCCAAUCAUAAAGCGGGUUUGAUAAAAACAACCGAUGAAGAUUCUCAGAUGGAGUGCGACAUCGAGCGGGAACAUAAUCAUCGGACACAGCACGGUAGAGGCAUGAGCGCAACGGAUAAUGGACGUCAACCACAGCAUGCUCCGGAAAUUUCGUUCGAUUGCUUUCUGCCGCCCGAAAGCGUUGAUUCCAUGGUGCAUGAUACUGGUGGCAUAACGAUUCCAGCUGCCAUCGUUACCUUGCCGGCUGCACUAUCGGAAGAGACACAGUUCCCGAUUUAA